UCAUGGACGGCGGGGCGGAUUUCGGAAGAGACAAUUUGUGCGGGUAACUGCCAGAAAAAAGAAACGAUGAUUACUUCAGGUGGAAUACGGCGGGAGCAAUGCAACGGCGCUGGUGGAGAGCCUCCGGCAAGUCUCGCCGAAUUUACUCUCCGUGGAGCUGAUGGAAAAGAUUUUUAUGAUGUUUCGCUUGUUGAUGGAUAUAAUAUUCCAGUUCUUAUUGAUCCUUAUGGUGGUGAGGGUGAUUGUAGAAGAGCAGGAGGAUGUUUCAAAAAUAUCAAUGAUUUCUGUCCAGGCGAUCUUGCAGUGAGAAAAGAUGGUCGUACCGUUGGCUGUAAAUCUGGUUGUGUUGCUUACAACAACGAUCAGGAAUGCUGCCGUGGAGCAUUUGGAACUCCUGACAAAUGUAGACAAAGCAGAACUGCAAUGCUUUUCAAAGAUGCUUGUCCAACUGCAUAUUCUUAUGCUUAUGAUGAUGCUACUUCCACUUUUACUUGUAAAAAUGCAAAUUAUGUAGUUCAAUUUUGUUAA